AUGUUGAAGCAUGCGCAGCGGCCGCCGGCGGCGAACGAUGCCGACCACCGCUACCAGAACAUGCCACGGCGGCCGCACCAUCACCUGCCCCUCAACGUGUCGACCCUAGACUCCUCGAAGCACUCCGUCGGCGGGACCUCGGCCAGCGUCAGCCCCGGCGCGCAGCCGCCGGCGCCGGCGCCGGUGCCGGUCGUGGCGCCGAUCCCGGUCGCGUCGCCCCCCAAGAUUGCCAAUGGAACCGCUCCUGGGCUGCCGGCCACCCGACCGGCGCCCGCGCGGAGUCGGAGCACUCGCGCCGCCACGGAGGAGGCACUGACUUCGCUCGCUCUGCUGUGCCUCGUCAGCCUCCUCCUGGCGCUCCUGGCGCUCCUGUUCCUCCUCAAGAUCUCCGCGCCCGCCACGACGGCCCCCGAGGAGUUCGCUGUAGUGUACGAAGUGACGUUAGCAUUGUGUGCGUUGACGCUCUCGCUGAACUUAUGCUGUCUUCUCGUGUGUGCGAUACAGUUCCUGUUCGCCGUGAAGUUGGUGCACUCCCCGUCAGCGCCGAACGGACGAUCAAACAAAUACCUCCAGAAGUCGGCGAUCACCCGCGUGUGCGCCGUCGGAGGCUUCUUUAUAUCAAUACCAGUAUUUUUAACAGGCAUAAUCCUGUACACCUUCAUCCAGUUCCACUCCACGCCGGCGAUCGUGACGUCAGUGUUUAUCGGAGUGGGGAUAGUCUUCUGCGGCUGCGCGAUGGUGCACAACGUGUUCGUGUGGCAGAAAGAGAAGACGAACCUAGUCAAAGCUCUUCGCACGCAAGAGCUGGCUGCCGCGCCGAACCUCAACACGUCGAAUGGCGUGUUACUGGGCAACGGACAUCUGAACAACACUGGGCUUGGCAAUCUGAGCUUUCACAGCAUGGCUGGGGCGCCGUAUACGCAUCCUAUAACACUGCUGCAGCAAGGAGGGCCUUAUAUUAUUAGGUAA